UUGCCACAGGGGCUUAUCGACUUCAGCCAGGCUGCACUUGUUCUGGACGAUUUGUCUUCAAUUCCUCCUUCCGCCGUGGCUUCUCAUGACUUGAACGACUACGCUUUUCUUAUUGGCUCACCACUGAUGCAUAUGGUUCCGGGCUGA